AUGUAUUAUCAAGAUGAUUCCACUAAUAGUGCAGAUGAAAGAGAAGGUACCAGGGUAUUACCCAAUACGGAAAACCCAUAUUUUCAAGAUACUUGGGAUGAUUUAGAAAGUCAUGAAGACGAAUAUGCACCAUCUAAUGAUAUAAUAAAAUUUUACAGCCAAUUACAAAAAAGUUUAUACAAUGUUUUGUUUUCCGUUAAGUACUUCCGAUCAGAUGAUCUAAAUAUUGAUUCAAAUUAUUUAAAACUAGUAAAUAAGUAUGUAAAGCUAAGAUUACAAGGCAAUCAAACAGACGAAAAAGAUGUUUCUCGACUAGCAAGGUUCCAUUUAAAAAGCCAAAAAGAAGAUGAUGACGAAGAAGAAUUAGUAGUCGAUGAAGAAAUCGGCGCAUUUCCCACCAAAUGCCCAAUAUCACAAAUGCCCUUUGAAAAUCCUGUUACACAAAGAUUUAGCAAAAAUAGAAAGGCAUGUGUACACACCUUUGAGAAUACCUUUAUUCUGAGAUUAAUACAAAAUAAAGAUACAAUAGAAUGUCCAUUAGCCGCUUGUAAAAAAAAAGUCUACAAAAAUAGUUUGCACCCCGAUUAUGAAUUUCUUCACCACUCAAGGCUUAUGAAGUUUAGAGAUAAUGUCACCGAAGGAAGAGAUUAUUUCGUUAAACUUCGGACUGAUGAGGAUAAAAGUUUCAAUUUUGUGGAAGAAUAA